GUCCCAGGAAUCAUGGUGCUGAGGCUGCAGCACCUUUUCAGCAGCCAAUGAUCACAGGACAAUCCGGGGCAACGGAUGCUUUCACCCGGGGCAGGACAGUCCUACAAUGCUGUUGGAUUUUAACGGAGGGAUGUAAACCCAUCGGCUUGUUCCUCGGACAUGGAAAUGCGAUAAUUGGGGAUGUAAGCUCCGCGCAGACUUGCCAGCGACCUGCAGUCGGCAGGAGAUCUAUCAAAAAAAUAAACUGUAAGCAUUAAGGCUGUGGAAAUGGGGAUAGCUCGCCAGCUGUGACAUUUAUUGAACUUAAUGGCUUCAGACACUUGUUUGCAUCGAUGGGAUUUCUUUGCCUUUUGGAUGUACAUUCUCGUGGGGAAACAAUAACAUAUUUUCAAUUAGAAUAAAUCAACAAAGAGAACUGCAGACUUCUUUAAGCCCCAACACACGCUGGAAAACGCACCCCAACGACCCCAUAUGAGAAAGUGUUGGCUCAUGACGGGGACAUAUCCAGUACAUGCUGUCUUCUUCCAGCACCUCUGCAUGUGCUGUGAGUUUGUGGCCGGUUCAGCCUGAUGCUGCGCAGCCAGGGCAUGCUGAAGAGCCGCUGCUGCGUCCUGCUCGGUGACCUGAGGGUGCUCCUUCUCGGGCCACCGACACCUCUGCCUCCGCUGACCCCCAUGAGCGUCCAAGGAACUGAAAGCCAUCAAACAGGCGUCGCCAUCCCCGACAAUAACAAUACGUUAACGAGGAGCCACCAGCCCGCAGGGGACCGGGUUACCCCCCCUGUAGCGGGAGCCCCCGGGCCGCCGGGCGGAGAGCGGUCGGGCUGGGUGGAUGCUGCCGAGCUGUCGGUGGCCCUGCGCGGCUGCAGCAGCUCCUCCGAUGACUGCUCAAAGGGCAAACUGGAGGAGCGGUUCUCCCUCACCAGCUACUCUGAGAGCGGCUUCAGGACCCCGCUGUGCAGGAUCUGCUUCCAGGGACCAGAACAAGGGGAGCUCCUGAGCCCCUGCCGGUGCAGCGGGUCAGUGCGCUGCACCCACCACCCCUGCCUCAUCAAGUGGAUCAGCGAGAGAGGAUCCUGGGCCUGUGAGCUCUGCUACUACAAAUAUCAGGUCAUUGCCAUCAGCACCAAAAACCCACUACAGUGGCAGGCCAUCUCCCUGACGGUGAUAGAGAAGGUGCAGAUAGCAGCGGCCAUCUUGGGCUCCCUGUUCCUGAUGGCCAGUAUCUCCUGGCUGGUGUGGUCCUCCUUCAGCCCGUCAGCCCGCUGGCAGAGACAAGACCUGCUGUUCCAGAUCUGCUACGGCAUGUACGGCUUCAUGGACAUCGUCUGCAUCGCGUUAAUCGUCCACGAGGGACCUUCUGUGUUUCGAAUCUUCCACCGCUGGCAGGCUGUGAACCAGCAGUGGAAAGUCCUGAACUAUAUCAAGUCUAUGGACAAUGAGGACCUGAAGAAAGCUGUGGAUAGAACUGUGUCUCAGCCCAGCCCAGGCUACCAAACUGGGGUUGGAGUGUCCACCUCCACCUCCUCGCUGAUGGUGGUAGCCUCCACAGCCGAUGGCUCCAUUUCUACCACCGCGGUGACGCCUGCAGGAGGACAGGGAGCACAUCUGGAUCCCAACAGCAGCGCAGUGCCAGACCAACACGGUCCCUACAACAUCCUCCAUCUCCUCAGCAACCUCAGGCAGCCGGAGCCCCGCAGCCAGCCCAGCAACAGCACAAGAGAGCUGGUCAUGAGAGUCACCACAGUCUGAGGAGCCAAGAGAGGCCUUAUCUCAAACGGAGGGGGAAGAUUUAUGACCCAGCUGACAGUUGAAAAAAAAAAUGUCUUAUCUUAACUGCACUGGAUUAAUAACAUGUUCUUGAUUGUCUCAAAAUGCAUCUCUGAUGUCCUUACAUGGAUUGAAUAAAAGUCGAAGUUGUUUGAUUUGCA